CUAUGUGAAAAAGAGGUUAGCUGAGAUAGAGAUAGAGAUAGAAAGAGAAAGAAGAUGGCUGGUGAAAAGGCCAGAAUAGUGAUAUUUGGAGGAACAGGGUAUCUGGGCAAAUUCAUGGUCAGAGCAAGUGUAUCCUCCGGCCAUCCGACAUAUGCAUAUGUCCGGCCGGUGUCGCCGGAUUCCGGCGCCUCUAAGCUCGACCUGCUCAAGGAAUUUGAGAAAAUGGGUGUCACCAUAAUUCAAGGAGAGCUGAGUGAGCAGGGCAAACUGGUGUCAACAAUGAAAGAGGUGGAUGUAGUGAUAUCUGCACUAGCUGUUCCUCAACACCUUGAUCAGCUCAAAAUAAUUGAUGCCAUUAAAGAAGCUGGCAAUAUCACGAGAUUUGUGCCAUCGGAAUAUGGGAAUGAAGUAGAGAGGGUGAGAGGGCUGCCACCUUUCCAAUUGCUACUUGAUAACAAGAAGACAAUAAGAAGGGCAACCCAAGCUGCCGGAAUACCAUACACGUUUGUUUCGGCAAACUCUCUCACUGCAUAUUUUGUGGAGUAUUUGUUACAUCCAUCUGAAAAUCGUCAACAAGUCUCUAUUUACGGCACCGGGGAAGCCAAAGCCGUGUUAAACUACGAGGAGGACGUGGCGGCAUACACGGUGAAAAGUGCGGUGGAUUCAAGGACACUCAACCACGUCCUCAUCGUACGACCACCUAAAAAUGUAGUGUCCCAACUGGAUUUGGUGUCCUCCUGGGAGCACAAGACUGGCCGGAAAAUGAAACGGACUCACAUCUCUGAACAAGACCUCAUCAACAUGUCCCAGUCCUUGCCUUUCCCGGAAAACAUCCCGCCGGCGAUCCUCCACAACAUAUUUGUGGCCGGAGCUCAGGUGAGCUUCCAACUGGGGGAGAAUGACUUGGAGGCUUCAAAGCUCUACCCUGACUACAAAUAUACUACUGUGGAUGACUACCUUAAUCUCUGUGUCAUUGAUCCUCCAAAGCCCAAGUUGGCUGCUUUUGCCUAGCUACAUCAUAUCAACUACUCUACAAAACAAAUUUAUGUAUGUAUCAUAAAUAAAUUAAAAAUAUAAUACCAGUGUUCAAAUAAAUUAGUCGAGACCAUGCCUGAUGUCUCAUGUGAAAAGUGAUAAUUAAUCUGAUCCAGAUAGAUCAAUGGUUGAGGAAUAUAAUGGUACGCGUGAGAAUGGACUCCAAGUAAAAUUGAGUACUUGGCACAUAUUUGUUUUAUCAAAACACUCGUCGACCAUUGAUAAAACAUGAUAUGUGACAAACAUAAGGAGUCAUAUUUUUUUACAAUAGAGUUGAUAUAAAUAUGUAUGCAUAUGUGUAUGUAUUUUGUUUAGCUUGGACUGUAAUUAACGUGGUGCCACAUCAGUUGGUGUGUUCAACAAUAAGAUUUUUACGAGUGUUUUGUUUGUGCUUA